AUGCAGAAAACGGACCGCAAAAUAAGACCGGAGGAUGUAGCCACGCAACUUAGAGAGGAAGUUGGUAGUCUGGUCCGAAAAGUAACCAGUCUUAACAUGCAUUCAAGAAACUAUCGUCUACAGGCCGAAACUAGACAUGAGGAGCUAGAUUUGGCGAAUCAUAAGGCCCAAAAAGCCGAGGCUGACCGAACUUAUCGUGAGAUGGAGGCCAAGCUUGCUACAUCGUGCAUUAAUACACAAUACAAGGUACUCCAACGCAUGUAUAUACUGCGCGUCCGAGAGGCGGAGGAAGAAGUAGUCAAGCUUAAGCGAAAAUUCGAAAGUAUGAGCGAGCUGGCGCGUAACGAGGUGGCCACACGGGACCGGCUGAUUACAGAGAAGGAUGCAAAGAUUGAGCAGCUACAAGCGCACAUGAACUCCUUACAUUAUCAACUGGAGCAUGUUGUCUAUAAGAUGGUAGAACGACUAGAGGUCAGACUACAAGAAGACUGGACCGUUUGGGCCGAAAACGCAAAGGACUACCAUAACAAUGCAAAAAAGAUAUUAAUGGAUCUUGGCAUUGGAUUAUCAUUUAUAUAA